UUGGGGUGCAGCGGGAAAAGCGGCACAGACCCCCUGAGCCCACGGGCCAGCCCAGCGCCGCACCUGCCCCCUGCGGAGGGCUCGCCCGGUGCCAGUCAAGCCUCGAGACGACGCUGCGUUCCCCGGGGUCUCUUCUCGCGCCGGGGGAAGGACGGGCGCCCUGACUGCGGGCUAGGCCGUGGGCGGAGAGGCGGGUAUGUCUCAGUGGAGUCAAGUCCAGCAGUUGGAAAUAAAAUUUUUGGAACAGGUAGACCAGUUCUAUGAUGAUAACUUUCCCAUGGAAGUCCGACAUCUACUAUCCCAGUGGAUAGAAAGCCAAGAUUGGGAGGCUGCUUCCAACAAUGAACCAAUGGCAACAAUCCUCUUACAGAAUUUGUUAAUACAACUGGAUGAACAGUUAGAUCGUGUUUCUCAAGAAAAAAAUCUCUUAUUAAUACACAACCUGAAAAGAAUCAGGAAACUUCUUCAGGGAAAAUAUCAUGGUAAUCCUAUGCACAUAGCAGUUAUCAUUUCAAACUGCUUAAGAGAAGAGAGAAGAAUACUAGCUGCAGCCAGCAUGCCUGUACAGGGACCACUGGAAAAACAAUUGCAGAAUUCUGUAGUUUCAGAAAGACAAAGAAAUGUGGAGCACAAAGUGUCAGCCAUUAAGAAUAGUGCCCAGAUGACAGAACAAGAUGUUAAGUACUUAGAAGAUUUGCAAGAGGAGUUUGACUUCAGAUAUAAAACAAUACAGAGCCUAGAACAGGGUGACAAAAACAGCGUCCUGAUGAAACAGGAAAUGGUGACGUUGCAGGAAAUGCUUAAUACCUUAGACUACAAAAGAAAGGAAGUCCUUAGUAAAAUGACACAAGUAAUAAAUGAAAGUGAUGUCUUAAUGAACAACAUGUUACUUGAAGAGCUUCUGGACUGGAAAAGGCGCCAGCAAAUUGCAUGCAUUGGAGGUCCUCUACAUAAUGGGCUUGAUCAGCUCCAGAACUGUUUUACACUGCUGGCAGAGAGCCUUUUUCAAGUGAGAAGACAACUGGAAAAAUUAGAUGAACUGUUGACUAAGCUGACUUAUGAUGGAGAUCCUAUUCUUCUUCAAAGGCCUCACCUGCUGGAAAGAGUCAACUUCUUGCUGUACAAUCUUUUCCGAAGUUCAUUUGUGAUCGAAAGGCAGCCCUGCAUGCCCACCCACCCCCAGAGACCAAUGGUACUUAAAACCUUAAUACAGUUCACAGUUAAACUAAGGCUGCUAAUUAAAUUGCCAGAGCUGAACUACCAGAUCAGAGUGAAAGCAACUAUUGACAAGAAUGUGUCAACAGUAAGUAAUCGCAGAUUUGUUCUAUGCGGCACUCAUGUCAAAGCUAUGAAUAUGGAUGAAUCUGCAAAUGGAAGUCUGUCUGUAGAAUUUCGACAUUUGCAACCCAAAGAAAUGAAAUCAAGUGCUGGAAACAAAGGAAAUGAGGGGCCUCAGAUGGUAACUGAAGAGCUGCACUCCAUCAGCUUUGAAACACAGGUCUCCCUGUAUGGUCUGACUGUAGAUUUGGAAACAACCUCUUUGCCUGUAGUGAUGAUUUCCAAUGUCAGUCAGUUGCCUAAUGCUUGGGCUUCUAUUAUUUGGUACAACUUGUCGUCAAAGGAUCCUCAGAACCUGGCAUUCUUUAACAAUCCUCCAGCUGCCACGCUGAGUCAACUUUUGGAAAUACUGAGCUGGCAGUUUUCAUCUUAUGUUGGUCGUGGGCUCAAUUCUGAGCAGCUCAAUAUGCUGGCAGAGAAACUUAUUGGGCAACAAAUUAGUUACAGUGAUUAUCAACUGUCCUGGGCAAAGUUCUGCAAGGAACAUUUACCUGGAAAGUCAUUUACCUUUUGGGUAUGGAUUGAAGCAAUACUGGACUUAAUUAAAAAACACAUUCUUCCUCUUUGGAUUGAUGGGUAUGUAAUGGGAUUUGUGAGCAAGGAGAAAGAACGAGUUUUGCUCAAGGACAAAAUGCCUGGAACAUUUUUAUUAAGGUUUAGUGAAAGCAACCUGGGAGGAAUUACUUUUACCUGGGUGGACCAGUCAGAAAAUGGAGAAGUAAGGUUUCACUCAGUGGAACCCUAUAAUAAAGGUCGUUUAACAGCACUGCCAUUUGCUGAUAUUUUGCGGGAUUACAAAGUUAUUUUGGCAGACAAUGUUCCUGAAAAUCCACUGAAGUAUCUGUAUCCAGACAUUCCCAAAGAUAAAGCCUUUGGCAAAUACUACAGCUGUCAGCCAAAUGAAGUCUCAAGACCUACAGAAGGAGGAGACAAAGGUUAUGUCCCUGCUGUAUUUAUCCCAAUCUCCAAAAUCCUAUAUGAUUCCACAGUUCCACAUUCUCCAUCAGAUCUUCUUCCCAUGUCUCCAAGUGUUUAUGCUGUGCUGAGAGAACACCUGAGUCCCACAGUAAUUGAAACUGCUCUGAGUUCACCAUAUUCAUCUGACUGAAAUUCAGACACCAUGAAGAACAACAAAGCAUCCAGAAUACUUUUAACUUUUAUUGAAAGUUUUAAAAAAAAGUUGUUUCUACAGCUUUGUAAAUCAGUAUUUCCUGGAAGUCAGUGCAAUGUUCUCCUUGAGCCUAACUGUACUUUGCAUGUAAAUCAGAAGUCUCUGCAGUGAAGUCACCGGAGUUACAAGCAUCAGUGGCAUCAUUCGGGGCCUGGCACUGAAGUCCUCACUAAAGGGAAUGUUACCUCAUAAGUCAAUUGGCCAGAUCCUUCCCUGAUGUGCAACUCCAUUGACUUCAGUGGCUUUCCACUAAGUAUGAAUUUAACGCAAUGGGACUGCUCAUGGGAAUAAGGACUGCUGUAUUGCUGUAAAUAGGACUUACUGUAGGAUGGAGAUGUUCUAGACUGUUCAUGGAACAUUUUGAAAGCAAGAUUUUAGAAUACCUGAAGAGAUUUAAGAUGUGUUCGGAAAAUCAGGAUUCAUGAUUUAUAUUUCAUGUUCUGUUUUUAUAAUGUCUACUUCUUUGGUUUUGUUUUAAAAUAAAAGUUCCCAUCCAUCUCUUCAUUACCAUAGGUGUCAGGAGUCAACUUUUCCUGUCAUGGAGUGCUUUCAAUACAAAGGGACAGAUUUUAUCUUCCUGCAGUAAAAUCCAUGAACCGGAAGAGAUAGAGGUGGGAAUAAUGGGAAUAGAAGAGUUCUCUAGAAACUUAACAGCACUAAACUUCAAAGGUCACUAAAUGUCUGUGCCUCCAUCCUGCAUCUGUAAAGCAGGGUUUAUAAAAUCUCCCUCUCUUAUAGGACAGUUGUGAGGGUAAAUGUACUCAUGGUUGUGAAGCACUAUGGUAGAAUACUUCAGAAAAGCACAUAAAAGAAAUUAAAACAGUCCUUAUUCAGUGCAGAGUUCAGAUGGUGCGCUAUAAUCAAUGUGUUUGGGACAUGCUCUGAAUGAUAAAAAGAUCACCAAAAAACUGCUUCUUUGCCAAAUACUGUCCAAAAUGCACCUUAGUCAUAGUGCAAAGUUAAAAAGAGCUAAAUUACCUCAGAUACAGAGGUAACUAUGAUAACCAGUUCUUAAAAUAAAAGAUAAUUUGUGUUUUUUAAA